UGCAAAGGCUCUGACUACCAUUGAAAUUUAAAAAUUUAUUAGCAACAUGAGUGUUACGUUCCAUACCGAUGUUGGUGACAUCAAAAUAGAGCUUUUUUGUGACGAAUGUCCAAAAACAUGUGAAAAUUUCUUAGCUCUAUGUGCAAGCGAUUAUUAUAAUGGUAAUCUGUUCCAUAGAAAUAUCAAGGGCUUCAUCGUACAGACUGGUGAUCCCACUGGAACAGGUAAGGGGGGUCAAUCCAUUUGGAAACGAAAGUACGAGGACGAGUUCAAAGAAAAUUUGAAGCACAACGAACGAGGCAUGCUAUCGAUGGCAAAUAGUGGUCCAAACACAAAUGGAAGCCAGUUUUUCUUCACAUACGCUGCACAACCCGCAUUGGAUUUGAAGUACACGCUUUUUGGAAAAGUUAUUGAUGGUUUUGAAGCGUUGGAUGAGCUGGAAAAACUUACUGUGAAUCCGAAAACUUACCGUCCAUUGGUCGAGAAAAAAAUCAACAGUGUCACAAUACAUGCAAAUCCCCUAGCUGGUUGA